CGCCCCCUGUCCCUCGGUUCACCCUCUCCCUCCCUCCGGCGACAGAAGCCUUUAUAACUGCUCUGCCGGGCCAAGGCGGGAUCGUUGUCCCGGGACGUGCUCAGCAGCCAGGGGUAGCAAGUUCUCGGUUCACCCCCAGCGCCCCGGCGCCCAGGACCAACCAAAAUGUCUGCCCCUAGUGGUUGCCGCUCAGACCUGGACCCCAGGUACUACAGACUCUGCGACCUGGCUGAAGCCUGGGGCAUCGCCCUGGAAACGCUCGCCGCGGUGGGGGCUGUGGCCACAGUGGCCUUCAUGUUUGCCCUCUUGAUCCUCAUCUGCAAAGUGCAGGACUCGAACAGGCGAAAGGUGCUCCCCACCCAGUUCCUCUUCCUCCUGGGGGUGCUGGGGGUCUUUGGCCUCACCUUCGCCUUCAUCAUCAAGCUGGAUGGGGCCACAGGACCCACACGCUUCUUCCUCUUCGGGGUCCUCUUCGCCGUCUGCUUCUCUUGCCUCCUGGCCCACGCUUUCGACUUGAUCAAGCUGGUCCGAGGGAGGAAGCCCCUGUCGUGGCUUGUGAUCCUCAGCCUGGCAGUGGGCUUCAGCCUAGUCCAGGACGUCAUUGCCAUUGAAUACCUGGUCCUCACCAUGAACAGGACCAAUGUCGAUGUCUUUUCCGAGCUGCCCGCCCCUCGGCGCAAUGAGGACUUCGUCAUGCUGCUCAUCUACGUGCUCCUAUUGAUGGCGCUGACCUUCUUCGCAUCCCUCUUCGUUUUCUGCGGGUCCUUUCCCGGCUGGAAGAGACACGGGGCCCACAUAUGCUUGACCUCAUUCGCCUCCAUUGCCAUCUGGGUGGCCUGGAUCGUCCUGCUCCUGAUUCCCGACAUCCGCCCUGAGUGGGACGACACGAUUCUCUGCACAGCCUUGGUUGCCAAUGGCUGGGCUUUCCUGGCGUUCUACGUCUUCCCCGAGUUUCUACUGCUCCCGAAGCAACGGAGCCCCACAGAUUACCCAGUAGAGGAUGCUUUCUGUAAACCUCAACUCAUGAAGCAGAGCUAUGGCGUAGAGAACAGGGCCUACUCCCAAGAGGAAAUCACCCAAGGUCUCGAGACAGGGGACACACUCUACGCUCCUUACUCAACUCACUUUCAGCUGCAGAACCGAAGUCCUCCAAAGGAUUUCUCCAUCCCGAGGGCCCAGGCCCCGGCCAGUCCAUACAAUAACUACGAGGGGCGGAAAGGGGACAGCUAGCUGUUGAGAAGAAUAGGACAACCAGAGUCAGCAGCAGGCCCAGCCAGGAGCCCUGCAGAUGCGAGCGGAAUCCCGAGCAUCCCAGGGGCACUGCACACGAGAGCUUGCUCCCCGUCCGGCACACUGCUGUCCUUCUGUCUGGGGCUGCUGCUCCUAACAGACUGCCUCUCCGCAGUGUUCCAGUGUGUUCCUUUGUUCAUUCUUAGGGUACUUCUUGGAGGUGGGAGUCUUGGGCAACUCAGGAUGAGACUCUUACCUCUCCCGUGAAUGGGAGCAAACACCUGCUCAUCUAACUCCUCACUGACUUGUUCAUCUUCGGAAGCCAAUUCAUCAGACCCUGGGUGGGUUCCACGAGGAUCACUUGGCACAGAGCAGAACUGCAAUUUGCACACACCCAGAAAGGUGUGGGUCUCCACCCUGGCUCCACUGGAAGCUAACCUGGCCCCGCCCUCCCAGGUCUUCGUGCCUGGGUAGGAGAGGUUAAAGGUCACUAAGUGUCUUCUCUCAGUACGCUGCCCCACGAUGGCCUGAGCAGCUUGGACACUGAUUUACAAGGGCGCGUCACCUCCAAACAUGCUGCCAGCCCCAGACCUCCACGUGCUUUGCCAGGAGCUCUUCUGGGCAUUACUGGAGUAGGCAAGGCCUGUUUCUCCCUGCUGGGAGAAUUUGGGUUUUGUUAGUUCCAUAAAUUCCUGACACACACUCCUUCCACUUUUGCUCCCCAGCCUCAGUAAUAGAUCUAUCCUGAGUUCACCUCAAACUCUGUAAGUGGGCAGUGUUUAUUCUUGGGGUGGGAUGCAUUUGUUGUGGGAUAAGGUAUUUGCCUGGGUAUGCAAUAAAGAUGUGAUGGCAACCA